UUAUUCCUUAAAAUGUAUAAUUUCCCGCGUUAAUUUAUUGUAGAUUGUUAAGAAAAAUAAACAUCUUUUAUAAGUAGUUACUAUGCAGUCAUUUUUAAAGUCUGGAAAAUUAGGAGAGCCUGCCUCCAAAAGUGGAACAUCAAAGGCUGUUAAAAAACCAAAAGCAGUACCAUGGGUAGAAAAAUAUAGACCAAAAACAGUAGCUGAUGUAGUUGAACAAAGUGAGGCAGUUGCAGUUCUUGAACAAUGUAUAUCAGGUGCAGAUUUACCGAAUUUACUUUUCUAUGGACCUCCGGGUACUGGUAAAACAAGUACGAUUUUAGCAGCAGCAAGACAACUCUUUGGUGACAUCUAUAAAGAAAGGAUCCUGGAACUAAAUGCUUCUGAUGAAAGAGGUAUUCAGGUUAUUAGAGAUAAAGUAAAAACAUUUGCCCAAUUAACUGCUAGUGGAACCAGACCAGAUGGUAAACCAUGUCCACCAUUUAAAAUAGUGAUAUUAGAUGAAGCAGAUUCAAUGACACAUGCUGCUCAAGCUGCCCUACGUAGAACUAUUGAGAAAGAGACAAAAACCACAAGAUUUUGUUUAAUUUGUAAUUAUGUGUCCAGAAUAAUAGAACCGUUAACAUCUAGAUGUACAAAAUUUAGGUUUAAGCCACUUAACGAAAGCAUGAUAUUUGAAAGAUUAUCUUUUAUUUGUAAAGAAGAGGGAGUUCCAUGUGAUGACGAGGCUUUAAAUGGUCUUGUAGAAGCUAGUGGGGGAGAUAUGAGAAGAGCUAUUACAUGUCUGCAGAGUUGUGCUAAACUGAAGGGUACACAAGAAAAAAUAGAUGUUGACAGCGUACUUGAAGUUACAGGAGUUGUACCCACUAAAUGGCUUGAUGAAUUUUUAUCUGUUUGCAAGAAUUUGGUAGACUAUAAUAAUGUGGAAAAUUUUAUACAAAAAUUGAUGUUGGAAGCUUAUGCAGCAUCACAAAUUUUGGACCAACUUAAUGAAAAACUUGUUAACAGUGAUGAGUUUAAUGAUAAGCAGAAAGCUCUUAUAGGAGAAAAGCUGGGAUCUGUUAGUUUUCGCUUACAAGAUGGUGGUUCUGAAUAUAUUCAGUUACUUGAUCUGGGAAAUACAAUUAUUAAAGCUUAUACUAUGUAAAUUAUUUUUUUAAUACAUACUUUUUCUACAUUA